AGGAAUAAAUUCGAGAUGCGAUUCAACUUUGACAGUCAAAAGCAAUCCUAUAGUGAAAGUGAUCUCCAGAAGACGUAUCAGAAUUAUCUAGUUGAGCUUGUUAGUAAGCUACCAAUUGAAACUUAGGUGAUUUUUAGAAUUUAUAUGCAGAACGGAAGCGCAUUAAGGUGGAACUUCAGAGACGUUAAAGAGAGGAGGAUGAACUUAGAGGAUAGUAAUUAAUAUCAUUAUAAUACUUUAGUAAGUGGCCAGAACCAGUCUAAAAGAAAAAGUAAUUUCGAAAUUAGGCGUUAACAUAUGAUUAAAAAUUGCAAUAAAUAGAGGAAGAACGAAAUAAAGAGCAGAAAAUACAAGAUUGUUUUGCCAAGGAAGCCAUCAGGUUAGAGUUGGAAAGAAGAUUAUCAAUCUAAGAGAGUCAUUUGAAAGAGGAGAAGACUAUGGCUAGCAGAAAGAAAAUAUUUCAAGAACUAAGAAAGAAGGCAGCCAUUGAGAAUAGUAAAGUGUCUUAGAAAUUGAAGAACUAUAGGAAUAAUAUGAGUGAUCAAUUAGAGGAAGGAUUGAGAAAAUCUAAAUCAUUUCAAGAGAAAUUAGAAGCUAGGUUAUAUUGAGAUAUUAAUCUUAGGGAUAUUUUGAUAUAAAAAUAAAGAGCGAAAUAGGUAUCUGAAAUUGCGAAUAGAAAUCGUAAAUUAGAAGAGAAGAUCAGUCAUGUUAGGGAUGAUUUUGAAAAUCGUAUGGUUGAAGAACUCUUUAAAAGACAAUCAGAGAUGGACCAAUCUUUUGAUUUCAGAUAGAUGACAGCAGAAUAGAUGGAGAAAAAUAAAAUUGAGAAAUAAUAGAUUUUUGAAUAGAAACUUAAUUAGAUAAAUUAAAAGAUAAAAUAACAUUAGGAAGAGAAGGAAUUUGAAUUAUUCAAUAGAGUUGGAUAAAAAAUGGAAAAAGCAGAAAAAUAAUAAGAGGAACAUGACAAAUAACUAUCAAGAUUUUAGUUUCAUAAAAGAAAACAAUUGGAAUAACGAUUCUCAAGACAUAAGAAAAGAUAUCAAGAAUCUGAAGAACGUUAAUAGGAGAAGGUAUCUGAGUGGAUGUAGAAAGUUAGCAGUAUUUAAGAAAGAAUUGAGAAAUUCAAGUCUAAAAAGAAUGAAGAUUAGAAGACUUAGAAGGAGUAGAGAUCCCAAAGUUUCAAAGAGCAUUUAGAGAAUAUGUAAUUUAAUCGAAAAAGCUAAGUAAUAUCUUAUUUCUCUAUUAUUAGGAAAAAGAUUCGACGAAAUAUUUUGAGAAACAUUAAUUUGUUUAAAGUAAACUAAAGAAGAGCAAGGAAGAAUAAGAAUAAUUGAGAUCCUAUUUAAACAUUUCAAGAUCAAAGUUUGAGAAGACUACUCUCUAAUAAUUUGGAGAAUUAUCUAAUUUGAAAUAUUCUUCAUCUGGUUAUUUAUUGAAGUAAAAUUAUACUAUAUUUAGUAAAUUAAAAGAAUUAGAGGAUGAGGAUAAAUUUGCCGAAAUUUCAAUGAAAUUUAAUAAUGUCAUGAGAAUAACAGAUAAAAAGAACAUGGAAUGA